AUGGCAUACAACACGCUAAACAACGAGCCAAGCUCGCCCUUGACCGAGAUCUCGGAUUCAGAUCUCUCUAUUCUUUCUCGGUCGCCCACUCCACCGCCCGAGCUUAGCAAAUCCUUCGCUCAACGUCGUGCAUACAUGUCCCCGUCUUCCUCGCGACGCUCGUCCGCCAAGACCUCGCCCGCCCCAGAAGACAUGCCUUCUCCACCUUCCAGCAACGACGAUAAUCCGCGCCCAGCAAAGAGGAGGAAGACUGCAGAGCCCAAGGAGCGUACGGCAGAGUACCUAGACCUCUCAGGGUCUAGCGUGGAAGAAGAAGAGCUGCCACAGCUGCAGCGCCUACUGAGCGUUUUGCACAAAAAGCGCAAGAUUGUGGUGAUAGCAGGUGCAGGCAUCUCAGUUUCUGCAGGCAUUCCCGACUUCCGAUCCGCUACGGGCCUGUUCAACACGCUCAAGAAGGAGCACAGGCUCAAAUCCUCUGGCAAGGAUCUUUUCGAUGCGUCUGUGUACCAGGAUGACACGUCCACAUCGACAUUCCAUGACAUGGUGCGCACACUAUCCCAGCACACCAAAGCUGCUGAGCCCACCGCCUUCCACCAUCUUCUCGCGACCCUAGCCCAGGAGGGACGUCUAAUGCGACUUUACACCCAGAAUGUCGACGGCAUAGACACUUCCUUACCCCCUCUAAGUACACAGGUUCCCCUGCCUAAGAAGGGGCCUUGGCCCAAGACUGUCCAGGUGCAUGGUGGUCUAGAUUACAUGGUGUGCUCCAAAUGCCAUGUAGUUAAAGAUUUCGACGCCGAGCAGUUCAAGGGACCCAGCCCGCCACCCUGCCCGAGCUGUGUGGAGAACGACGAAAUUCGUCAGUUCGCAGACAAGCGAAGUCACGGUAUUGGUCGCCUACGUCCUCGGAUGGUCCUCUACAAUGAGCACAACCCGGAUGACGAGUCUAUCGGUUCUUGUGCGUCCUAUGACAUGCGCAUGAGGCCAGACGCUGUUAUCGUGGCUGGCACCACGUUGAAGGUUCCUGGUGUGCGACGCAUAGCUCGCGAGAUGUGCAACAUUGUUCGCGACCGAAAGGACGGAGUCACAGUAUGGUUGAACAAUGACCCUGAGCCGAUGGGCAAAGAUCUCGAGGACAAGUGGGAUCUGGUAGUGAAAGGACCCUGCGAUGAGGUCGCCCGUUAUGCCAACAUGCGGCGAUGGGAUGACCCAAUGCACUAUAAGACAGUCACAGACGAGGAUCUAAACAAGGUUAGAGAGAGGCAAAGAGCAGAGGUUAUCAUUGGCACUCCUCGGAAACCUGGUGUGCUCCGCAACGCAGGGCAGCUCACACCUGGACAAAGUCCACGUAUACUUCCACUCUCGUUCAACAAAGAGGAGCCAGACACGCCCUCGAAGAAAGGUACAAAGAGGAAGGCAGAUGCGCAGAUGGAUUUAUUCGGCAAAGUCGCUACCAAGGCACCUGCAAGGAAGCCGAAGGCACAGCCAAAGAAGGCGGCAGUAUCAACUAAGAGCAAGGCGAAGAAGGAGUCCAAGAAAGAGGCCCCCGCCAUCAACAAUGUCUUCAAGGCUACCAAGGGCGGCGCCAAACCUGCAGGCAAAGCUGUGGGCAAGCCUGUGGCCAAAGGAUCCGAUCCGGCCCUCACCAUCAUCGAGUCAAAGUUCAACUCGUCAACUAAACUAGAUCCGAAAGAAAACGUCAGCGACGUGAUUCAUGUCGAGAAGCGACGAAAUCCGUCUACUCCCAGGAAGCCAACAAGGCUCACCAAGAUAAAGUCAGACUUUGUCUUCCAACCCGUAUCCAAUGCGGACGGCCGCAACAAUCACUCACCAAAGCGACCACCGAUGGAGAGCUUUACUCCAACAAAGGCUCGUACGCCUAGUGCUCAAAUCCAGGAGGAGAUGGCUUUCGCGCAUGCGACAGCGACAGAUUGCGAUUCUCGACCCGGAUCAUCCGGCAGCGCACAGCGGCACCUUAUUGAGAGCCCGACAGGUGCUGUGCCCAAAAACAUGAAUCACCUUCUUUGCUAG